GUUUACAGAAUAUAUUACCAAGGAAUAUGGUUUUGAUAUCUAAAAUUAUCAAAAAGUUUAUGGAAAGUGUAUAUUAUUUAUCAUCAAUAAUGGUAAUAUAUAUAAUCAAAUUUUUUUUUUAUAUGAAAAACGAUUUGCAUUGGAAGUUACUCAUCCAAGUAUUCGCCUUGACGGGAAAACAAAAUAAAAAAGUAUUUCAUAUUUAUAUAUAAA